AUGGGUCCCACUGAAAGGAAGGUACUGACUUGUGAACAAAUAAGCCCGGAAGACCCUCAGGAGAAAAAUCUGGUGAUGGAGGAGGACCGAGGCAUCUUGAGGGAUAGACUGGUCAGAGAUCAAAUUUGGAUCGCGACUGCAACCGCCAUCCGGUUGAGAUUGAUCCUCCUACAUAAAACUGCUUUGCAGACUGAUCGACCUUUCUCUCUCAUCACGUGCAGACCUGUGCUGAAGACAAAAGUUGAAAGAUCGACGGACUCCUUCACGAUGGGGUCAAAACUUGUAGCCUCGUUUUUAGUCUUUUCUGUGCUGGCAACUGUAGCCUAUGCACAACUGAGUGAAACCUUUUACGAAUCCAGCUGCCCAGGUGGGCCAGCCAAGGUUGCAGAAGUAGUUACAUCGUCGAUUGUCAGGGACAGGACUUUAGCAGCAUCUCUUCUGCGAUUGCACUUUCACGAUUGCUUCGUUCGGGGAUGUGAUGCUUCUGUACUUCUGGAUGGGCCGAACGGUGAGAAGGAAGCUUUUGGAAACAAGAAUUCUCUUCGAGGAUUUGAGGUCAUUGAUGACAUAAAAAGACAAGUCGAAGCUCUUUGUCCCGGAGUUGUUUCUUGCGCAGACAUCGUGGCUCUGGCUGCAAGAGAUGCCGUAGUGGCGAUUAGAGGCACCAACUGGUCCGUUCCCUUGGGACGACGAGAUGGAGUUGUGGGAUCUGCAGCUGAAGCCAACAACGACUUACCACCACCAUUCGCCGACUUCAGCAUGUUAUCCGCUAUGUUUUCAAGGAAAGGACUGAACACUAGAGAUUUGGUGGUUCUCUCAGGCUCCCACACAAUUGGAUUUGUUUCGUGCGCCACCAUGCAGACUCGUCUCUACAACUUUUCAUCAACAUCUGCGACUGACCCAACGCUGGAUCCGAACUUUGCGAACACCUUGAAGAGACAGUGCAGGGUUGGAGACACCACCACCAAAAUUAAAAUGGACCAGACCAAGUUUGUUGACACCUGGGACUUCAAUUUUUACUCCAAUGUUCUUCGCGGAAAGGCGCUAUUGCAAUCAGACGACGCUCUCAAGAGAAACUCCAACAGCUUGAAGAUUGUUCAGCAGAUGAACAGAGCAGGGUCUCCAUUCAACGCAGAAUUUGGACGAGCCAUGAUCAAGAUGGGGCAGGUAGAUGUACUCACAGGCUCUUCGGGUGAGAUUAGAAGGAGGUGCAACGCCAUCAACUAAAUUUCGACGUUAUCAUGAAAAUCAGUCUGCAAGACAAUACUUCCGCAAGCAUGUUGGAGUACGAGCAGCUUAUAGCUUUUGAGUGACAUCCAGUAGGCGAAGAUAAUCAUGUUCGCAUCUAGAAUAUUCUCUAGAUUUAAGCAUGCAAUUGCAUUGCGAAGAGCCAAUAACCUUCGCGUUGACUCUAGCCAUUGAUUAAAGGGGCUCUCACUAUACAUACAUUUUUUCUCUCUUGUUGAUAGAGAACAAUAGGAUCAGACAGUAAUGAAACUGGGUUCGAUUGAGCAAUAGAAAAUCAAUAAAACCCUCUAGCUAGACUAGCUAGAGACAUAAAACAUCUACCGUGUAACUUCUUUUUCACGGUGAGCAAAACUUGAAGCCACAAUUAAUAAAAUAACCAGGAGAAUAAUCUGGUAAAAGCAUUCAUAGGAUCUGAUA